AGGAGAGGCGCAGGGCUCUUGAGAGCGCAGUUUAACGGAGAGCGCAGGGGAAAAGGCGCAGUUAAAGUGCAGUGUGGAGUGAAUAGACUGCAGCUAAAGCAUAUUGCAGGGAAGAGGCUCAAGUUUCACACCACAGAUCACCACAGCGCUGUGACACUGGAGCUCAGAAGGACACACUCAGAUGGCACGACUCAUUCCCACGGCACAACGCUAUAGAUCCUCCCGAUCCACCUGUACACAUCAUCCGGAAACAUGCGUUUAACUCAUUUAUAAUUCCCAUUUCUCCUUUUAACGCGACACUGAUUUAACUAGGUCUUGGACUAAAGUUGUGGUUAGUAUUUACUUUCAAACCACGCGCUGUUUGUCGGUUAUUGUGUCCUCUGAUGAGUAGAUUAUAAGCUUGUUGAAGGAAAAGGCAGGUUAGACUAAAAUGGAACAAGACACCAAAGUUUCUCGCGAUUCACCUGGAGAAAGGACUUGCGCCGAGCAUCCGUGUAAAAGUGGCGCCUGGCCGAGGCGCACGGAGGUGUGUGGUGCGGUGGCGGUGUGCGUCGCGCUCUGCCUCCUCUCUCUCGGAGUGUCUGUGCUGUUUUAUUUGCGCACCUCGGAGCUACAGGCCAGGGUAAACAGCUUGGAGAAGCACAGAGAGCCCCAGCAGCACUCAGCCUGGAUGUUUCUUGAGCAGGUGGAACCAGUGCUCUUAAAUCGCCUGGAUCAGAUGCUGGAAGAGAAGUUAGCAUCUCGUCUGCCAAAGACCAGAGAGACUCGGGAUGUCUCCCACGCCUGUCUGUGUCCACCAGGACCUCCUGGUCCUCCUGGACGAGCUGGCUUUCCGGGAGACAAAGGAUCAAUGGGCAUUCCUGGAAGAAUGGGCUUAAAGGGAAACACAGGGGACAAGGGAGCUCCAGGGGAGCCAGGUCUAUCUAUCAUUGGCCCACGAGGACCUCCUGGUCAGCCGGGCACUAGAGGAUUUCCUGGCUUUCCGGGUCCUAUUGGUUUGGAUGGCAAGCCUGGGCAAAAUGGUCAGAAAGGAGACAUGGGUGCACCUGGUCCCAAAGGACUUCCUGGUGAACAAGGUCCAAAGGGGGAAAAGGGAGUGUGUGGUGAUUAUACACAUCGGAUGUUGCCCAUCACCGUGCGCAACAUGCCCUCAAUAAGCCCUCUAAUUCUAAAGCGCCUCAAGCAGGGUGAGCCUGGAGCACAAGGACCCCCAGGGCCUCCUGGUCCUCCAGGGCCUCCUGGUAGCCCAGGAUUGACUGGUGCUAAUGGGCCACCGGGAAAACCUGGAGAACCUGGAAAACCAGGAAAAGAUGUGAGGAUGUUGACAGCAAUGAAGGGAGAACCAGGUGUACCAGGACAAAAGGGUGAUCGUGGUGAUACAGGAUUAACUGGACCUGAAGGCCCCAGGGGAUUCAAAGGGGAUCAAGGACAGAAGGGAGAGGAGGGGAAGAUGGGUCUUGCAGGAGAGAAAGGAGAGAAGGGUGAAAGAGGGAUGCCUGGAAUGCCAGGAAAACAAGGAGUAAAGGGAGAACUUGGUUUUCCAGGUGCUCCUGGACUAAAGGGUCAGACAGGUAUUCCCGGUAUUCCGGGGAAGCGAGGCUAUAAGGGUGAAAAGGGGGAAAUGAGUUCUACAGGAGUUGGUGUUAAAGGAGAACCAGGAGUGCCAGGACUGCCAGGACACAAGGGUCAUAAAGGUGAUCAAGGCAUUAAGGGUGAAACAGGACCUGAGGGUCAACCAGGACCAAGAGGUCCUCCAGGUGCAACAGGAGAACCAGGCAAAAUGUUAAUAAACAACAACGAGAACGAUAUUCGUAAUGUGCAGCUAAUGGGCCCACCUGGUCUACCUGGGCCUCCUGGGAUACCUGGUGCCAAGGGUGAAGUUGGGCUGCCUGGGCCUCCUGGUCUUGAUGGGGAAAAGGGUCCUCGGGGAAAAGCAGGAGAACCUGGAGCCAUUGGCCCACCUGGACUGCGAGGAGAGGGAGGAGUUAUGGGCUUCCCGGGACCUAAAGGGGAUAAAGGAGACAUGGGUCCCUCUGGAUCACCUGGUUUAGAUGGCCCUACUGGUGAAAAGGGGGCUGCAGGGGCUCCUGGCCCCAUUGGAUUACCAGGCUCCAUGGGUCAGAAAGGUGACGCUGGAGAGAAUGGAGUAAAAGGAGAACAGAUGUAUGGCCUACCAGGACCUCCAGGACCUGCAGGGCCAGUGGGGCCAAUGGGACCUCCAGGAUUGUCAGGGCCAAAGGGGGAGCCAGGUCUGGGUGUGAGAGGAGAGAAAGGAUCACCUGGACAGAAAGGAGAUAAAGGAGAUAGAGGUCAUCUUGGAUUACCAGGGGCUCAUGGUUUAGACGGCAAGCCUGGUCCAGUGGGUCUUAUAGGACCGCCUGGUAUACCUGGACCAGCAGGACCAAAAGGAGAGAGGGGUGAGAAAGGAGAAAUGGGAGUAGCAGGACCAAUAGGGCCUCAAGGCAUCCCUGGCUUAGUAGGACCACCAGGAUUAAAAGGAAACCGGGGGGAGAGGGGCAAGAGAGGCAACAGGGGGGCCAAAGGGGAUAAGGGAGACCAAGGAGCCCCAGGAUUAGAUGCCCCUUGUCCUUUGGGUGAUGAUGGCCUACCAGUACCAGGAUGUUGGAAUAAAGGUCAGAAUCCUUUCCAGCUGGCUAAGAAGUAACAACAAAUUUGAGACCCACCUCUUCAGGGUGAGGUUUUAUUCUAAGCUAUAUGAAGAAACUUGAAGAGGAGAUCUUUGAGUUCAGACCUGCUGUGGCUGUUUCAUGGAUGUUCAUGAGAGUUAAAGCACAGGUGGUGUUCCUGGGAGGCUCCACAGGGUGGCGCAGGUGACCACCCUUCUCUUUGAUAGGACUAUGUGAGCAAUUUUCCAUCUUGACAUUUUUCUGUGGACUUAUUCACCAGAGAAACUGCCAUACAACAGUGUAUCAUUGCUCCACAUUGUAUACACAUUUCUUUCUUUUUAUCAUGUUCACUAUGUGAAAAUGAUUUUUUUUUCUUUUUUUAAUUAUUCGACACCAGUAACUGUGAUUUGAGAAUUCAGCGCAGCUCACUGAACACGUCAACUCGGUGGUCAUGUGUUUCCAGACUAACAAGCAAAAAACAUCCUUUAAUGAUUCCUGAUUUUCUUUUUUUCACUGCCUUUUGUCAGCCUGAGAGUGACAAAACAUGUACAGAGCCAUGUUUUAUGUGCCUUCACUCAAAGAAAGACAGCUCAAUUCAUAUCAUAUGUUUAAAAAUGUAUUUAUAUUUACAAACUGCUUCACAGUAAAGCAGACAGAUAUACAGAUAUCACAACACGACAAGAAAGACUUGCAGCUGUUUAAGGUAUCAUUUACUAUAUACAUUUCUAGAUGUUUUAUGUGAUUUUUAUUGCUAUCAGUAGGGUUUGAAAAUAUUGGAUAUUAUUUCAAAUUUGUAUCAACACAACCACAGCUACAUGACAAAAGGUUUUUCUUAAUACACAAUGUGCUUUCAUGCUAGGCAGCUAGCUUUUUUUUAAUUCAAGAAACUGCUCUUUCAUCGGAUAACGUAAGGUCACAUAAAGUUGGUCAAUUUUCCUACAGUAUUUAGCACUCUUUCAUAAGUGUGGCCAAAGUCCCAUUUAGACACUUCUGUUUGUCUCUUAUGAAUGUUAUUAAACUGCAAAAGCACAUGUAAGCCCAAUACAUAGUAACAGUAUUGCACAGUACAUAAUCAUGCAAACCUUAUUUAUUUUUCACCAGCAGUGUGACCUGGUUUUUAUGUGUAGAAGCUUACAGUUGAUGAGGUGUUUUAUUAACACUCCUGUUUAUGUGGAUAGCCCAAUGCACAGAAGCAUUCCUAAUGUCAAACGCUACUGACUGCUAUUGUCAACCUUCAUCAACUAGUGCUUGUUAUCAACUAUAUUUUACUUACAUCUUCUAAAGUUUCAUCUGCUAAAUGUUCUGUUAACAUCAAUAUAUUCUGUUUGCACCGCAGAAAACAAUACGCAAAAAAAUUAUUGGCAUUACAGCAUAUGGCAUUUAUUUACUUUAUUAUAUCAAAUUUGUGACCUGUUAUAUCAGGAUAAUUGGCUUCUGAAUGAAUUUAAAAAUAAAAUACAAUCAUUUCAGUCAACAUUAUUCGCAGUUUAGAGUUGUAAAUGUUCAAAAGGAUCACAAAUUCUGCUGAAUAUUAUUAAGCAUAUUAAACAUGUAAAUAGAAUUAUAACUUAAUAAUAUUAUAAAAUACUAUUUAAAACAGUAUUAGUUUUGCAAAUACCUACUUGUGACCUAACUUGCUUCAGAUAUAUUCCUAUCAAGAGUGAAUACAUUUUUUAUUAUCAUUUGCAAGUAUUUAAUGUCUUGGUUUAAGCAUUUUAUGCAAAAAAUGAACACAUUAACUGCUUUAUAGUUACUCUUUAACAAACUUAUAGUUGAAGGCAUUCAACUCCAAAAAAAACAUAUGUCAUGAAGUGUUUUAUUUUAUGGCCAUAUCACACUGAGGUAUUUCUGACUGUUGGUUUUGCACAUUGAAAGCAGUGUGUUAUAAUUUGCUUUGUUUCAGACAGCAUUUGUUUGUACUGUGUCAUUUAUCUUUUAAACAGAACAUUUCCCUAAUGACAUGAUCUGUACUGUGUUUUGAUGCUAUCCUGUUUUUGUACAGUCUACUCUAAUUAUAAUGUGUACAAUAGAUGAAUAAUUAGAAUAGCUCUAUUCUAAACAUAUUACAAUCUCGUAGUGUCUAAUCAAUUAUGUUUUUUUAUUUUAGAAGUAGGUUCUAAUUUUUUUAAGUUUUUUUGUUGCAACUUAAAAUACAGUAAAAUCAUUUUUGUUUUUAUUAGUUUCAGCUGUCCUACAAAUCUAGUCUAUAUUUCGAAUUUUACUCAAGCUAGAAAGAACAGUGUUGAAAACAGCCAAAAAAAAAAAAGUGCCAGUGAUAUUCUUUAUAAAAUACAGUGUCUGGUUUUAUGUACGAAAGAGUGUGUAAGGUCACACAGUGUUCAGAGUGGCUAUUUCAUUCUGUGUUUUUCUCUAUUUGUAUAUAGUAUAAAGUAUUGCUUUUCUAUUUUAAUAAAGGAUCUGAUUUUCUAACUGAUCUCAGCCUGCAUGGCUGCAACUGUACAGUACGAAGAGUACAGUAUAUUCUUUAAAGAGUUUUCUAUUACAACAGCUCUCAAGCUGCAGACUUGGAUGCCAGUUUAUGUUCAGUUCAUUCUAUAGAUCUCAGCAUGUUAGUACAGCAGACUUCUGUUACUGCUUGUGUUCUAUAGUCAGUUUUAUACACUACAGAUUUCAUUUGUUUUGUUGGUUUUACAGAAUGCAUGCAGCAUGCAUACUGGGAGGUAGUUUAUUGAAGUUCUGAAAAAAAUGGAUACAAGGGCAUUU